AUGGCUCUCUUGCUUUCUCCCCUCUCCAUGUUGUUCCUGGCAGCAACUGUGGCGGAAGCAGUGGCAGCAACAUCGGUGCUGUGUAUUCUACAUGAGGAGGCUCUUCUGUGGUGGGUGGGGUGGGCAGCCUGGAAGACGCCUGGGCACAAACACCCAAGCAGGACGGAGUGUCCUCCUGCAGGUGCUGUGCCGUGCCAUGGCAUGAUGAGGAGGGCCUGGCUGCGUCAGGCCAAGCACUUGUUCACGGCCCUGAGUGGCGCACGGAAGCAGCUGCAACUGGCGUACACCAGCACCAGCGGGCUGGUCCUGCACCUGGCGGGCUGGUCCUGGCGGGCUGCUCCUACACCUGGCGGGCUGCUCCUGGCGGGCUGCUCCUACACCUGGCGGGCUGCUCCUACACCUGGCGGGCUGCUCCUGGCGGGCUGCUCCUACACCUGGCGGGCUGCUCCUGGCGGGCUGCUCCUACACCUGGCGGGCUGCUCCUGGUGGGCUGCUCCUACACCUGGCGGGCUGCAGCACCGAGGCCCUACAGCAGCUCCCCCUGACGCGCUGGCCGCUUGUACUUGUGCAACACCAGCAGCGACUGACGAGUGGCAGCGGUAUCAGCAGCACCUGCGUCACCAUGGUGAGUGGUGA